CAGUAAGCAGCCGUAUGAUCUUGAUCUCGCCAGCCGUUUUCCUUGGAGUCGCGAUUGUUUGGACGGUUGCUUUCUCAUUGUUGUAACAUUCACCGUGUAGUUCAGACAAUUCUUUAUAAAUUUGUAAUUUUUACCGUAUAUUACUGCCACGGUAUUGACGGUCUAAAAGUGAGUGAAUUACUGUGAGCUACGUUGGUGCUAUGUUUACCAAAAUUUAUCGUUGGUAUUGUGACUGGUGACUAAGUUGAAAUGUUUCGUGAAUACGUGGACCACGAGGAGAUUUCCGCUGUGUAAUGUUUAUAGAAUCUCAAAGAAUUUGUGAUUUUAGUUGUAUUGUAGGUAAAAAAUAACUAAUUGACAAUGUCUAGCACAGUUCCAACAAGUUCUGCGCUGAGGGCUUUGGCCCUAGAGUACAAAAGUCUCCAGGAGGAGCCUGUGGAAGGUUUUAGAGUGAAAUUAUUAGGUGAAGACAAUUUAUUUGAGUGGGAAGUAGCUAUAUUUGGACCCCCAGAUACAUUAUAUCAAGGAGGAUACUUCAAGGCACAUAUGAAAUUUCCUUCAGAUUAUCCGUAUUCACCGCCCUCCAUUAGAUUUUUAACUAAAGUAUGGCAUCCUAAUGUAUAUGAGAAUGGUGACCUAUGUAUAUCAAUCCUGCACCCGCCCGUGGAUGACCCGCAGUCGGGCGAGCUGCCGUGCGAGCGCUGGAACCCGACGCAGUCGGUGCGCACCGUCCUCCUCUCAGUCAUCUCCCUCCUCAACGAGCCCAACACCUUUAGUCCUGCCAAUGUCGACGCUAGCGUCAUGUACCGCCGCUGGCGCGACUCCAAAGGCAAGGACAAGGAGUACGAAAACAUUAUCAGGAAACAGGCGCAGGUCGCGCGCAUGGAGGCGGAAAAGGAAGGCAUAGUUGUGCCGCUCACUUUAGAAGACUAUUGCAUCAAAACUCAAGUCAAGUCUACGACGCAGGAGCCACAGUUGGACAUGACUGAUUUCUACGAUGACGAUUACGAUGAUCUCGACACUGAUUCCGACGAGGAGUUGGAAGGAGGCGAGGGAGACGGCGAUGACAGCGGUAAUGGGGAGUCGUGAGGUCGCGCCCCCGAUACUUUAUACCAUACACUAGCCUGCCAUAUCCUUCAGGCGACACAUAAACCAGCAUCACAUAAAGACUAUAUAAAAU